AUGGGGUACAGUUUUAUUUGUGCCAUGACCUGCUUUGUGAUUACUUUGGUAAAUCUAUUGCCCGAAAGUCCUUUUUAUCAUCUCACGAAGAAUAACGAAAUAAAAGCGAAGGAUUCUUUAAAAUGGUAUCGUGGCCAAACUUAUGAUGAUAUUGAAAUAAAGGAAUUGAAAUAUCGUGUAAGCCAUUUAGAAAAGAUUACAAUAAAUGUCCUUAAAAACCGAUACGUUCUUAGUUCUUUCUUUGCAUGCUUUUUUGCGUUCCUGGCUCAACAAUUAAGCGGCGUUAAUAUUAUGAUUUUCUACGCUUUAACACUCUUCAAUGUUGGUGGAUCAGGUGAUUUAACUGGAAGCGAACAAACCGUCCUUAUUGGUGGAGUACAAAUAUUGUCUUGUUUCCUAGCGAUGUGUCUAAUAGACGUAGUCGGACGGCGAAUAUUGCUAAUUGUAUCUUCGGUACUUAUGGGAUUAUUCCUUAUACUGUUAGGAUGGUUUUACAAAUUGAGGGAUCAAAAUCCAGAAUAUGACGACUUGUAUUUUUGGAUGCCGCCAACUUGGACAACUCUCUUUUUCGCUGCUUUCAAUAUCGGUGUCGGACCGAUUUCAUGGGCGCUAUUAGGCGAUGUUUUUCCUAUGCAAAUCAGAGAGACUGCCGUUGCCUGUGCAGCUGCUUUUAAUUGGGCCCUCUCUCUAAUAACAGCAAUAGCAUUCGGAGAGAUGCUGGGUGUCCUUGGUGUCCCAAAGACUAUGUGGCUCUUUGCUGGCUUUUGCUGGACAGCUGGAGUACUUUGCGCCUUAUUUGUAAAAGAUACUCGUGGUCAUAGUCUGGCCAAAAUACAAAAAAGUUUUAGCCUUGAGAAUGAGCAAAUAGAAAUGAACAGUAUGGAGUGA